CGUUAACCUCGCAACACACAUCUUCCCUGAGCGUUUUAAAACGAACCCAUAACCUAGACCGCGAAAUAUCAAUGGGAACGUCUGAAUGAGUUGCGAAUACGCGAACGAAACUGAACCCGUUAUAGCUUUCAGUACGGGUAUAAUGGCGCCGUGAUUUAGUUCCGUCGGUCAUGUCGCGACACUUAUGGACGCUAACUCUAAUUUUAAUCUGCCUCCCUAUCCUAGCCACAGUGAUAACCGCAUUCCGUAUUCGCGACCUGCCCAAAGUUUCUCAUGAUAGUGCGAAAAAAGAACAUUGUGAUGAUUGUGAAGCGAAGGUAGGUCAUAAAUUGAAUAGUGUUCGAAUCGAUAGUGAUAAACGACCGAACGUGGAAACAAAGAAUGAUGUUCGUGAAAAACUGGAGCAAACCAACAAAAAGCCUCUUGAACCUCAUAUUACUCAUAAAUAUGUGACAAAGAGUGAUAAAGAUGACGACGAUGACUUGGAUGUUUCGAAGAUAAGGCCAGCUUUUAAGAAUGAACGAGUGAAGGCGCACUCUGUCGAUUUGAAAACAAAAGCUGGUGAUAAAAAUAGUUGGAGUUUGUUCAGCGACGAUUAUGAUAAUGAAGACGAUGAAGUGAAUGAUGAUGACGAUAAUGAUGAUGAUGAAUAUGGUGACAGUUAUAGUGAUGAUGACGAUGACGAUGAUGAAAUGAUCAGAAAGCAUCCGAUAACUCCUAAAAUACCACGAGCUACAAUUAUUAAUGUGAAAAAGAAAACAGACUUACCAAAAUCUUAUUCAACAGCUACUUUUAAAAUUAGUGAAACUAAGAACAAAUUAGAGAAACGUUUUGAUUUUCAUGACGAUGAAGAUGAAGAUAGUGAUGAAAAUAUUGAUGAUAGAUUAUCAAAAUUUAGUAGGAAACAAACGAAAAAUACAGAAGCAAAAAACGAAGAAAAAAUUAGUCACAAAGAGAAAAGUUUGCUAAAGGCCCAAUCUAAUUUAGAAAUUCACAGUAAAGAAGAUGGGGAAAGAAAUAGUGGAUUGAAAGCAAAAGACAAACCAAGCCUCAAAGCAACCGAGAAAAUGAAGGACGAUGACACAUUAACUAAAAAUACUACAGAUUCAAAUACAAAGAAUGCAAAACAGCAUUUAGCAAAACAUGAUGUUGAUCUUCGUUCAAAUGAGAACUUUGAAAAAGAUAAAAAUAAUGCUCGGUCAAAGAUUAAAGAUUCGAAUAUUCCAGAAAAAUUCGACUCAACCGAGAGUAAGCAAAAUAAAAUUAGUGAUACCCAAGUCAAAAAAGCAAUAGAUGAGAAAAGUAAAAAAGAUCAGCCAUUAAAAACAGAUUCAAUAAAAACUGAUGUUAAAAGUACCAAGCAAAGCACAAAACAACCAAAAAUUAAAGAAUUGGCUUUAUCUUCUAGUAAAGAGGACCAAGCACCGAAUAAAGAAAAACAAUCAAAGGAUCAAUUAUUAGCGCCUUCUGAUGAAUCAGAAGAAUUUCAAACGUCAACAUUCUGGUCACCGCUAACAUUCUUUUUAACAGAUAACAGUAAAGAAAAAGAUGACAUAGAGUCACCACCGCCAAAAAAAGAUUUAAAUGAAAAAAAUGCGGAAGCGCUAAAAGCAGAAAGUAAAGCAAAAUCUUCGCCAUCUGUUUCUAAAAUAUCAAUCAAAUCCAAGUCGAACCUUGAUGAUAAAGCAGAAGUAAAAAUAAAAACUACAGAUACAUCUAUUAAGACAGAAAAACGCUCUGAAAACAUGAAAACUAACACCAUUCCGCAGGAAAUAAAAAAAGACUUAAAGAAAGAAACAAAAGAUAAAAGUGAAAAAGCUGCAGAAUCAAUCAGUCAUAAGUCAGUGGAACAAGCAACUUCAAAAGUAUUAAUUUCUCGUGUGUUAAAAGAUGAGAAUGAUAGUGAUGGCAGAAAUUUUGAGAAGAAAACAAAAGAAGACUCGAAAAAGCAAGAAACUCUAGGAGAUGAAUACAAGCUAUUGGAGACUAUGAAAGAAUUUAAAGUAGAUCGAAGUAAAAAAUGUACUGAAAAGCAAUAUAUUAAAAGUAGUAGAGAAUCAACUGAGAAAUUGGUAGACGGCAAAGAAGUUAAAAGUGGAAGUCAUUUAAAACAAAUGAACGAUGCAUUACAAAGAAGAAAUUUAUUGAAAAGCGAAUUCGACGAUUUUUAUACGUUUUUUCCGACAUUUGCACCGAAUUUUUCGCGCAUUCACAAUCCAGAAUGUAGACGUCACGGUCAGAUUGUAUUAAGGCAACUACGUGGCACUAAAUUAUGGGCUCUGAAUAUGCUGGAUGCCACAGCUAAGAUCCCCGCGGGAAUCCUCCAAGGUAAUGGCAUCCAACUCGGUGAUUUCGAUCAGUGCCUCAGCAGUAGAGCUCGUGUACAGUUGGAUACCGGGUCCGUCGUCAAGGUGCAGGGAAAGUAUUGCUUGGUUCAUUUGGACGUUAAGGCUGAACAUCCCGAGCUGGAGACGCCGGUGCAUUUGGCGCAAGCCAAAAACCUGAUCAGGGGCCGGAUUGAUGAUCCAGGUCACUUUGUGCCGCGUUUUUCGACGCUGAGUUGGGGUAUCUGUGUACCUUCAGCCUGCGAUCCCGGGGAUGUUGAACUAGUGUUUCGCGAUACCAUUAAACACUAUCAGAAGACCAGUGGAUUUGCAAUACGAGUUAAAGUUGAGGAAGAAGACUGCCAUGUUGAGGACCCUUCUGAUUUAUGGCAACGUUGGCUGGAACCGCCAGUACUUGCUACUUUAGUAUUUUACGGUGUCAUCAUUCUGUUAGUUAUUGUGGGAACAUUACAAGACUUUCUCGCAACACUCCCAACAGAUGAGGGCGUUGAUGAAGGCAACAAUAAAGGAGAUAAAGAAAGAAGUCAAACAAAAGAUGGUAUAUUCACUGUAUUUUCAUUGUACCGAACUGUCAGUAAGCUUACAGCUUCUGGAACCUCAGACGAGAUACCCUGCAUCCAUGGAGUGAGGGCCAUCGCGACCAUAGCUCUUUUGGUGGCGCAUAAAUUCUUCCCAGUUGCUAAUAUGCCAUACACCAAUAGAUCGAGGAUUACAGAUACAGUAAGUUCACCAAUGUGGUCGUGGUGCAGAGCCGGAUGGAUGUUCACGGAUUGCUUUCUUCUUUUAAGUGGAACUCUGACUGCUCACCGCAUGAGCAUCGACACCGAAACAGCGGCACCGAAGCGUCUCUUCUCCCGAUAUAUCAGAUUGACUCCAGCGUUGCUGGCUGUAGUAUUGUUUUACGCUUACAUCUGGGAUAACAUAUCGUCGGGACCAAUGUGGGGUACAUUCGUUACGAAGAACGCCGAGAUUUGCCAGCAAGGAUGGUGGUGGAACUUGCUUUACGUACAGAACUACUUCGGUCUUGAAGAAAUGUGCGCACCUCAAACUCAUCAGCUAGCCUUAGACAUGCAGUUAACUAUACUUGGAGGCAUUGUCGUUUGGGCGAUUCAAGUGAAGAAAGGUUUAUCCUUGAUCCUUCUGCCGGUUCUGCACGGCGUGGCUGCGUAUUUGAGGUACUCCACGGUACGCGAUCAUCGGCUUACACUGUUGGCUUAUCACGGUGUUAGUGUAAGCCAGCUGUAUAGGACUGCUCGCUUGAGCUAUACAUCGACAUUGCACCGAUCUACAGCAUACCUGAUAGGAAUCACAUUGGGCAUGGCUUUGACAAAACCAACGAGACACGGCAAGAUAAUCCUAACACUUGGUUGGCUAACCAGUGGUAUGCUCUGGGCCUUGGUCUGGUGGGCAGGCAUCGACUCAGGCUCUACCAGCUACCGCUACAGCGCAUCAUUCGCAGCUCAGUAUGCUGGAUUAGCGCCGAUUGCAUCCGCAAUGGCUAUAGCUUGGCUGAUUUAUGCAGUUAAUAACGGCAACUAUGGUCUGCUAUCUCAGUUCCUCUGCUGCCGGCCUUUGGCUAUAAUCAGCCGUCUCUCCUACGCUCUCUAUUUGUGUCAGUUCAUAAUCUUUAUGACGAACUUGGGCAUUGUCAGAAAUUCAAGUGAAUUCACUUUGAUGUCUCUGGUCGAUUUACAGGAAAUAGCAGCGAUUCUGAUUUCGUCAAUUAUCCUGACACUAACUCUAGUAAUUCCAAUGCAAUCUUUUCAUAAGCUACUAAAAUUUUCAUUCAAAUUCGAAAAUAAUCUACAAAAUGGGCCAAAAACAGAGAAAAAUGAAACGAAUUCUAAAGAACUUUAUUCGAAAUCAAAAGAAGAACGAGAAAUCAAACAGAAACCUAGAGCUCACUUUCUAGCUCACAGAGAAGUGUUAGAAGAAAUACCCGAAGAAGAAGUCGAGUAUGAAAUGCAUAGACAUAAAAAUGAAGUACUAGAUGAAAUUGUAGAGGAAGAAGAAAACGAAGAAUUAGGAGAAGUAGAUCAACAUCAUUUUGAUGAGGAAUUAGAUGUUAUUGAAGAAGAACAAGGGGGAGAGGAGGCUUGGGUGGAAAGGGAGUAUGACGAAAGACCUUAUUCUAGAGAAGACAACGAACUGGAUGAAUGGGAGUGGACAGUUAACAAUGAAGAUGGUGCUCAAUAUUUUCGAAACAUAAGAUAGCAUUCUUGUUUUAAUUAAACGUAAUUUGA